CUCCAAAAACGUCACAUUCGAACGCCAUGAUCUUUUCUGCCAUGAAGUGAAAAUUACCGAUCGAAAAAAGUGGUGUUUCUCUUGCAUUAUUAUAAGAUUGCGUGAUUUUGUGGUUUUAUUCAAGUUUUACAACUCUUGAUUAAAGGCAACGCGAAUCGUAAUGGAUGAAUCCGUUGAGAUUAAGAAGGAAAUUGAGUUUAGUGAAGUGGAUCCAGACCGUGCCGGUGAAUGUGGUGGCGUCGCCCUGCCAAAAGCUGAUGGGGUGCCUUCAGCGACUCCAUUACCAGCUGCGCUGGAUUGUGUUGGCACUGUUUCUAAACCAAGCAUUCCGACGGAGCUGGGCGAAAUAGAGCUAAAGUUUGAGGCAGAGCUGCCUAGUGUGAUUGCCGGUAGCGAUGCGCCGAAAGAAACGAAACCGGAGAUUGAAGGUGAAUUCAGUGGAGGAAUUAAAAAAGAGGUUGUACCAGCAGGUCCACCAAGUAAAGAUGGUGAUGAUGAUGAUGAUUCAAGUGACAAUUCCGGCGAGCAAAGACACUCCGACGACGACGACGAGCCGGAUCGUGAUGGUAGCACCGGUCUCGAAAAGCCCACCAAAUGCGAUAUUUGCGACCGACAGCUCGCUACGCUAGGCUACUUAAAACGGCACAUGCGAACCAUCCACUCAGAAAAAUCCGUCCACCGGUGCGACAUUUGCGGGAAAAUCUGUAAGCGCAGUAACCUACUCGAAAGACACAUAAGGACACAUACCGGCGAACGACCAUUUCAUUGCGAAAUGUGUGGCAAAGGUUUCUCAUGCCAACCUUAUCUGGACACUCAUAUGAGAUUGCAUACUGGGAAUCACAACUACAAGUGCGAUGUUUGUGGCAAAGGAUACAGUUCAAAGAGUUUGUUUAUGGACCACACGAGAUCUCAUACAGGCGAGCGCCCGUACAAGUGUGAUAUUUGUGGCAAAGGAUUUACUACAGGAAACAACCUUGUGCAGCACAAGAAAUCCCAUAAUAACGAGCGCCCACACAAAUGUGACGUAUGUGGCAAAACUUUCAAACAUAUCUAUGACCUUCGGUAUCACAGUGGAGUGCAUAUGGCUGAACAUCCUUUCAAAUGUAACACUUGUGGCAAGCGAUUCUCUAUCCUUGUACAGUUAAAUCAGCAUCAGAGGAUUCAUAAUGAGCCACGUCUGCAUCGGUGCGAUGUUUGCAACAAAGAGUUCAGAAGUAAUGCUGCCCUCGUCAUACACAUGCGGGGUCACACCGGUGACCGGCCAUACAAAUGUGAAGUUUGCGGUUCUUCGUUUAAGACUGCUAGUGCCCUGGAAGGUCACAUGAGAAUUCAUUUGAACCUAGCAUCAAAACCGUUCGAAUGUGAGAUAUGCGGAGCAAAGUUCGGCCAACAAGGAACUCUUAGCAUUCAUAGUAAGGUUCAUCGGCAGACACCGUUCCAUGAAUGUCCUAAUUGUGACAAACAAUUUCUCACCAUUAAAGAGCUGGAUAGGCAUAAAGUCAACAUUCACAGCGAUCGACCGUACAAAUGUAUGAUCUGUGACAAAGCCUCCACUACCAUGUCUAACCUGCGGGAACAUCUGAAACUUCACACGGGCCUGAAUCGAUUCCAAUGUCAAUUUUGCGAGCGGAGCUUUACGAGGAAACCAAACCUUACGAAACAUGUAAAAGAAAUGCACGCUGAAGAUAAACUGCCUGUAAUGUAAUCGCCUCCAUUCCGACCACGAGCCGGAUCGUGAAGCCACCGGUCUCGAAAAACCCACCAAAUGCAGCAUUUGCGAUCAACAGUUCGCUACGCUAGGCUACCUUAAACAGCACAUGCGAACCAUCCAUAUCGAGAAAACAUCCCACCAGUGCAACUUUUGUGGGAAAAUCAUGGCGCGGAAGGCCUACCUCGAAAGACAUAAAAGAAAUCAUACCGGUGAACGAUCGUUUCAUUGCGAAAUAUGUGGCAAAGGUUUCAACCACAAAAACUCUCUGACCGGUCAUAUGAGAAUGCAUACUGGAAAUCACAUAUUCAAGUGCGAUAUUUGUGGUAAAGGAUACAGUUCAAAGUGUAAGUUUAUGGACCACGUGAGAUCUCACACAGGCGAGCGUCCGUACGAAUGUGGCAUAUGUGGAAAAAGUUUUACCGGCCAGACCCUCCAGAGAAAUCAUACGUUAAGGCAUCUAGCAAAUCGCACGUUCAACUGCGAUGUUUGUGGCAAAGGAUUUACUGCAAAGGGCAACCUUAUGCAUCAUAAGAUAACCCACAGAAUCGAGCGCCCACACAAAUGUGACAUAUGUGGGAAAAGUUUCAAAAAUGACUAUUCGCUGCUGUAUCACAGUGGAGUGCAUAUGGCUGAACAUCCUUUCAAAUGUAACAUUUGCGGCAGGGGAUACUCUUUCAUUGGGCAGUUAAAUCAACAUCUGAAACUUCAUAACGACGCACGUCCGCAUCGAUGUAAUGUUUGCGACAGAGAGUUCAAAGCUAAACAUAUCCUCGCCACACACAUGCGGUCUCAUACUGGUGAACGGCCAUACAAAUGUGAAGUUUGCGGUUCUUCGUUUACGACCUCUAGUGUUCGGGGAGCGCAUAUGAAAAUUCACUUAAACCCAGCAUCAGCCCCGUUUGAAUGUGACAUAUGCGGAGCGAAAUUCAACCAACGAAAAAGUCUCAAAGCUCACAGUAAGGCUCAUCAGCCGAGACCGUUCCAUAAGUGCGCCGAUUGUGAGAAACAAUUUCUCACCUCUAGAGAGCUGGUGGGACAUAGAGUUACUAUUCACAAUGAACAUCUGAAUCUUGACACUGGCGCGAUUCAGCACAAAUGUCACAUUUGUGAGCGGAGCUUUGCAAGAAAAUCGAACCUUAAUAGACAUGUGAAAGUAAUACACGCUCAAAGAUAAACUUCGGCGAUGUAAAGCGACCACCAAAUCAGCGUCUAAAGUGUUAAAUUCUACGCGACGCCCGUUUUCUAUUCAUAAGGAGAAGUAGU